GCAGCGACACAGUUACAUUUUAGUUCCGUUUCUUUAACCGCCUGCAUGGACAUAAUUCUCCACUGGUUAGUUUGCCAAAUAAGCGCCCUUUUGUACGCAAAAUAUGUAAAACUGUUCACUCCAAGCGUACUUCCACGGGGCAUUUGCUAAAAUGUCUGGAUUAAAGUUGGCGUCUGGCGGAAAAAAAGUAAACGAAAGUAUAAGUGUGACGUGAUUCGCCUGUGUGUGUGUCAACGAAAAAUAGGGGAAUCAUGGGGAAGAAAAAAGCCAAGGACAGGAGCUCCAGAGAGGAUGAUGAGUUUGAAAUGACAGGUCCAGUUUGCAGGCACAUUAGGAAGGGCACAGACCAGACUCUUCUCAAGAAGUUCUCUGGCAUAUUUGAUUGGACACGUUGCCAGGACUGCAAACAUGAAGAGAAUAAGGAGAACAUUAGCACAGACCUUUCUGUGGACUCCGAUGAUGAGAAGGAUGCACUGGUGGAAGUGUGGAUGUGCAUGAAAUGUGGCCACAGAGGAUGCGGACGAAGCUCCGAGAACCAACACGCCAUCAAGCACUACGAAACGCCGCGGUCCGAUACGCAUUGCCUGGUGAUCAGCUUGGACAGCUGGAGUGUUUGGUGCUACGAAUGCGACGACGAGGUGCAGUACUCUGGGAGCAGUCAGUUGGCUCAGCUGGUGAACAACAUCAAAAAGAAGACACAGUUGGAGCCCGUAGAGAAAGCACAGAAAAAAGGCGGCGUGUUGGAGGUGCGUCCGAAAAGCGUCACUUUCAACACGGAAGAAGACAAAGACAAGGAGGACAUUAAGAACCAGAGCUGCGAGAGGAAGACCACCAAGAAAGAGUCUGCGUGCAAGUCGCAAAACUCCGGCGGCGCAACGGAAGACAACAGCGGCGUUCCUGUGCGGGGGCUAAGCAACCUGGGAAAUACUUGUUUCUUUAACGCCGUCAUCCAGAACCUUUCUCAGACACAGAUGUUAAGACAGACGCUCAACAAGGUGACAGAUGACAGGACGACCGUCAGUGUCAAACCUGCUUCCUCCUCCGCACUGGAGGCUGUUGUGGCAGAACUGGAUCGGCCUGGCUCGCUAACUAUGGCAAUGAAUCAACUCCUCAAUGAAAUCCAAGAGUCAAAGAAGGGGGUGGUGACACCGCAGGAGCUGUUCACGCAAGUUUGUAAAAAGGCUGCCAGGUUCAAGGGAUUUCAGCAGCAAGACAGCCAGGAGCUGCUGCGCUACCUGCUGGACGGGAUGAGGGCCGAAGAGAGCAAAAGGGUGAGCUCCGCGGUCACGGAGGCACUUAAACGAUCGGGAAAAAUCCCAGAUGGGGAGGAGCUCAAAUCUGUCGUCAAAGAGUACGAGAACAAUGGGUUGCCGAAGAAUUUUGUGGACCAGGUGUUUGGCGGGGAGAUGACGAGCACGAUCAUGUGUCAGCGGUGCAAAACGGUGUCUGUGGUCACUGAGAUGUUUCUGGACCUUUCUCUUCCAGUUUCUGAUCAGGCUUACAGGAAGAAGAACCAGAAAAAAGCGGUGCAGAAAAGCAGCAACAUGAGCGAGGACGGCCCCGAAAGUCAGAGCGAAGACGUUCCCGCUGGUAGCAAGUACCAGCAGAAGAAAGCCAAGAAGCAGGCCAAGAAACAAGCCAAGCAUCAAAAGAGGCAGCAGAAGCUGGAGAGCAGAGUUAGUUUCAACAGUCUUGCAUGUCUAAAUCAAGAAAUCAAGAAAGAGCUUUCUCAAGAUGCUGAGGCGCAAGAAGGGGAUUCUGCGCCAAGCAGCGUCUCUGAAGGCAACCCGAAUUCCCUGGACGCGCCCGACAAGGAGGACGACAAAGGAGACUCCACCAACAACUCUCAGUCGGCAUCAGUCUGCGAUCGCUUUGGCGGCGCCUCGUCCGAAACGCGGUGCUCCAGCGACGGCUUCUUGGACGACGCCGACUUCUCGCUGGUGAACGAGAUGGAGAAAAUCAACUUGAACGACGCCUUCAUCGACUCGGACGUGGCGGAAACGUGCGUGGAGAGCGAGGACGACGCGCAGGAGGAAGAGGCCAAGGAAUACACGGUCGUCAACCGGGACCCGGAGCUGGCGUUCCAGACUCUGGCGCGCAGGCCUUCUCCCGACCAGCAGCAGUGCUCCGUGGAGUCGUGUCUGUUUCACUUCACGGAGGAGGAGACCCUCAGUGAGAACAACAGCCUGCUCUGCGUCACCUGCACUAAGCGGCAGGCAAGCAAGGACAAAUCUGCAGGGCCCAAGAAAAACGUCUACACCGAUGCCUCGAAGCAGAUGCUCAUCUCCUCCCCGCCACCAGUGCUCACUCUUCACCUGAAGAGAUUUCAGCAGAACGGCUACGGUAUUUCUAAGGUGAACCGACACGUGCCCUUCCCUCUGAUGCUGGAUCUCGCACCCUUCUGCGCCCUCAAGAGUAAGAACGUGGCAGAAGGUGAACGUCAGAUUCUGUACAACCUGUACGGCAUCGUGGAGCACAGCGGCACCAUGAGGUCCGGUCACUACACGGCGUUCGUGAAAGUACGACCCCACAGCUCCAAAUCGUUCGGCAGACUCGAAGGAGAGCCACCUGAAGGAUCGUGGUUCCACAUCAGCGACACCAGCGUGCAGCCCGUCAGCGAGAGCAGAGUGCAGAGUAGCCAAGCCUACCUCCUGUUCUACGAGAGAACCCGCUAAUCAUCAUCAAAACUGUGCCUCUAUGCCCGCCUGCUGCUCGAGCGCGACCAUUCACUGUACAGAAUUUGUAGUGACUUUUCAGAGGACAUUUAACGCUGACAUUUUUACAGGUGUUUGUUUCUCAGGCUCAUGGGAACGUGUCGAGGUGUGCAAGCACAACGUCAGGAUAUUGAAUAUAAAAAUAGAUUUUUACACAAACUCAUCAUCAUUCCAUAUAGUCGACGGUGGGGUGGAAUUGUAAUUAAAUACAUGUUUAUUUUGUAUGAAUAUGCAAUUAAAUACACUACAUGUGAAAGUA